CCAUCAAUUCAUGGAGGGUAUAUGCAAAAGGCUUGUUGGUAAAGUGAGGGAAGAUGGUGAGGCUAUUUCACUUAUUAAAGGGAUGGAGGUUAAGAUGGAAGGCCCUUGCAUGAUCUCCACUCUUAUUACUGAGCAGCUUGGCAUCAAUUGUUCCGUUCUGAUGGGGGCGAAUAUCGCGAACGAGAUCGCUGUGGAGAAGUUCAGUGAAGCAACGGUUGGGUACCGAGACAAGCGAGAUAUUGCAGAACAAUGGGUCCGGUUAUUCUGUACCCCAUAUUUCAUUGUCACUCCUGUUCAGGAUGUGGAAGGGGUUGAACUAUGCGCACGUUGAAGAAUGUUGUGGCAUAGCAGCCGGCUUUGUGGAACAUGGGAAAUAACACGAAGGCUGCGAUAAUGCGAAUUGGUCUGAGAGAGAUGAUAGCUUUCUCCAAGUUGUUAUUUUCAUCUGUUAGGGAUAGUACCUUCUUUGAAAGUUGUGGAGUUGCUGACGUCAUCACAACAUGCUUUGGAGGAAGAAACAGAAAAGUUGCUGAGGCAUUUGCUAAGAAUGGAGGAAAAAGAUCUUUUGAUGAGCUUGAAGCUGAGAUGCUGCAGGGCCAGAAAUUACAGGGUGUAUCCACAGCUAGAGAGGUGUAUCAAGUUUUAAGCCACCGCGGAUGGCUGGAACUGUUUCCACUAUUUGCAACAGUACAUGAGAUCUGUGUCGCUCGUCUUCCACCGUCCGCCAUAGUUGAACACAGCGAGCAGAAACCAAAGUUAUCCCUGUUUUAAAAUUCCACCAGCUAAACAUUGACUGUUAUCGGUUUCAGUUCACCAAAGUAGCUUUCAUCGGUCGCUCGUCAUCAAUCAGAGAGUAUGAACGAGAGAAGACUGAACUGAAAGCCCCCUGGUAAUUC